GUCCGCGUGCGCGCGCGUGCGACGCUCGCUGUUCGCGUCCUUCGCGGACAGCAUCCACGACCCCCCACCCUCGCUGUCCCAUGAACCUCACGACCUGAACGACUCGCAUAUUACUGACAGCCUCUCCCAACCUCCAUGUCUGACCCGAGUCUGUCGCACCAUCCGAGCAGCCGCUCCCUCCGCGAGCGGCUCGCCACCCGCGAGCGAUCGCCCGUGAUCAGUACGGUGCCGCUGCACCCCGCUGAAGAGCUACCCGCCGAAGAACCGCCCUCAAUACAGGAAGGGAGCGCGGCGGCGCCCAUUGCCACGGCCUGCGACGACGGCGAGCUGGUGCGCCACCAUGAUCUCUGGUUCUCCGACGGUUCGAUCGUCCUGCGCGCCGAGAACGUGCUCUUCCGCGUGCACAUAUCCCAGCUCUCCCGGCAUUCAACCGUGUUCGCCGACAUGCUCGAGUUUCCGCAACCAGCAGGCACGCCCUCGUCGGAUGCGGGCGGUGAUGGGGAGCAAGGGGAGAGGAUAGACGGAUGCCCGGUACUCUUCUUGCACGACAAGGCUGAAGACGUCAUGAACCUCCUGCACGCACUCUACGACGGCCCGAGCUUCGGCGACAACGGCCGCGAGGACUUCCGUGCCGUAUCGGGCAUCCUCCGGCUCGCGAACAAGUACGACAUAGAGAAGCUGCGCAGUACGGCUGUGGACCAUCUCAGCACUGCAUGGCCGAUGACGCUCCGGGCCUGGGACCUGCGAGAGGACCUGGCACGGACGUACGAGAUUGAGACGGGGAUGCAGCGCGGGUUCCGGUAUCCCUCACCCGUCGCCAUCAUCAACCUCGCGCGAGAGGUGGACGCGCCGCACCUGCUCCCCUCCGCGUUCUACGACCUCUCGCGGUACCACUACGCGCAGGUCUUCGGGACCGUCCCGGGGGAGCCUGACGACCACGAGCCGCUCGGCGCGGGGUCCCCGCGCGCGAGCACGCUCGCGCACGCGGACAUCCAGAAGCUCGCGGUGGGGAAGGAGGCCGCAGCGCACGCGGUGACCUGGCUGAUCCAGAGCAUGGCGCACGGCUCGCACGGCGACUCGCCGCGGCACCUCGCCGAGGCGGGCGCGGGCGGGCAGUUCGGGUUCGGGUUUGGCGCGUGCCGGAAGGACUUUGGGGAGCUCGUGGAGCUUGCGACGCAGCAUUAUCUGUUUGAUAGGGAGAGGGGGUGUGCGGACCCGCUGUAUGUCGCGGAGGAGCUGGGCCAGCUGAAGAGCGCGGAGUUCUCGGAGUGCAAGGCGUGUGCGAGGAGCUUGGAGGGCUGGGCUGCGAGGGAGCGGGAGCGGAUGUGGAAGAUGAUACCGGUGUGGUUUCGGUUGACGGCGUAAGCGUGCUAGAGGUACGGGCAAUGCUUCUGGACAUUUUUCCUUCGUUCGCUGCUCUGUGGUUGCACCAUUCGUUCGUCCUGGAUUUCAUACCUGCAUUGAUGAUAUCCGAUGUCAGCCAUGCCGACUUGACUAUGUAUCUGUACACCAGCAAGUGCUAUUUAUUAGACGGCUAUUUAAAGACCGAAGUUCGGACAAAGCGUCUUACACCUCAAUGAAUAUGUCGUCACACUA